AUGUGGAGGUUGAGCUGGUGCGUGUGGUGGUCAUGUGCCAGCGGAGGUGGUGAUGAUGUGGAGGUGUGUAGGUGGUGGUGGUGUCAAGGUGGAGGUGGAGAUGAUACUCUCGACAGUGGGGGUGGUGUGAGGGUGGAGGUGGAGAUGAUGCGGGUGGUGGCAGCUGCGAGGCGGAGGUGGUGUAAAGAUGGAGGCAGAGAUUAUGAUGAUGGUGGCAGUGGCCGUGGUGGUGGUAUUGAUGCCGAUGGCGAUGGUGGUGGUGAGGUGGAGGUGGAAUUAUGCUGGCUGCAGCAGCGUCGGCUGUGGUGUAAUGGUACCAACAUCAAUGGCGGUGUGGAGGUGGAGUUGCUGUUGAUGUCGGUGAAGCCGGUGGUGUCGAUCGAGGUGGAGGUGGUGUUGAUACUGGCGCAGCAUCAGUUGUGGUCUGGUACUGGAGGAGGUGGAGAUGAUGCCGGUGGCAGCGGCGGUGGUGGUAUGGUGGUGGAGAUGGAGAUGAUGCCCAUGCCGGCGACGGUGGUGGUGGAUAGGUGGAGGUGGUCUUGA